AAAAUCCUAAGGGAUGGGCGUCAAGUUCACCAUCGCAAAUCUAGAACUCCUUUCUAAAAGAAACUAUUCUUCUCUGUGUCUGUGUGUGACUAGGGAGAUGAUAAUGGAGAUGUGGAAUCAAUACGACGGGAGAUUUCAGGAUUAAGAAAAGAAUUACAUGAUGUCAAAGCUUAUGCAGAGUCAAUCAGAGAAUGUCAAUGUCAACAACCCAAGAGUUACGAAUACAAAAAGCCUGAAUCUGUGCGAAAAAGUGGCGCCUACAUCAUCCGUGGCUUCGACAAUUUUAACAGGAACUGCUUCUUCAGUGCCGUUAUCCAGGUCUUACUGUGCAUUCCCCACCUGCGUGUUCAUUUCAUGAAACUGAAUGACUAUGAUAAACCACUCACUAAAGCAAUAAAGGAGCUGUUCAUCGAAACAAGUCUGCCCCGGUCUCAGAUUGUGACGAACGUUUUCGAAAUUUGUACUACUGCUUUUGUGCCAAAUCCCCCCAAUUCGGCGAUGGUCAGGAUCAAGACAGCCAAGAGUUUCUUGUUUGCUUACUUCAGAGACUGCGAGAGGAAGAAGAAGAUCUGGCUCAGACCUUUCCGAAUUCACCUCAUCUCUUGGUGCAUUCGAUCUUUGGAGGCCAGGUCUUGAAUACCACAUCUUGCCCUAUGUAUAACUGUAGGUACACUAAUGAACAUGACGAGCUUUUUCUACAGAUAUUACUACCAAUCCCUGUUACUGGUGACUUGAGUCGUGCUUCCAUGGUUGGCAAUAAGGAUGCCGCAGUGUCCUUAAUUACUUGCUUAGACCAGUAUAUAGAGUUGGAAUUUCUCCCUGGUAGGCGCUGUGAUCGUUGUUCUUGCAUGGGUGGGAAUAAAAGUAUUCGAGUUAUUCGUGCUCCUUUGAUUUUGACAAUUAGCUUAAAGAGGUUUAACGCGGAGAAUAAGAAGAUAAAUGACCAUAUUAUCUUUGAGGAGACCUUUGAUCUACGAGCAUACAUGGACGACAGGUAUGUCGGGGGUGAUAAGCUUGAAUAUCACCUCAUCGGUGUUGUGGUGCACGAGGGAUCAGUGGAUACAGGCCACUGUUUUGCGUAUGUGAGAGGCGAUAAAAGUGGAGGUAGUGAAGAAGAUAACAAAGAUUUCACCUAUUGUUUAGAUGAUCUGGUUGUUCGUGAAGUUUCUUUACAACAGGUCCUUCAGUCACAAGCGUAUAUGUUGUUUUAUGAAAAAAGGAAUUCAUCUGUUAAACAAGGCUUGAGUUAUGCUAAGACCAGUUCCGCAUUUGGUCCUCCAGCUACACCUAGUGGGUAUGGAAACCGUUCAGAGCCAGGCCUUGCCAAAUACCGCGUUGCGUCUAUUAGAACAUCAGCUUCUCAGAUCCACACACCCAUCAGUAACCAUGCGUCUUCAAAACAGAGGCAUCCACGUUCGAGAUCAACCACAUAUGAGUCUGGUAAGCAGGUUUCUUCAGAGAGGCCAUGGAAGUCGCCUGAUGAGUCUUCGUAUUCAAGUUGGAGGUAAAGUGAUUUCUUAUCUGAGGAGGAGAGAGGUGAGAGCGUGGAUCGGGCAAUCGUUUAGGAGUCGACUCAGCUGUUUGUUUUAGGUAGCUUCAAUGAAGACCAGCUUGUUUUCUCAGAGUGAUGAAGAUGGAUGGAAGACGGUGAAGAGUAGGAAAACUUAUAGAUCAUGUAACUCUCGUUCUUUUCUUAAGAAAAAUGGUAUUUGUUGUUGGAUCGAAGCUAAGGGUUUUUCGUUUACAAAGGGGUAUGGGAGUAAGUCUGGAAAGUUUCAAAUUAUUGAAUCCAAGGAUGAUAGGUUCUCUACUCUAUGGGUUAAUCAAAAGGGGUUAUGUUGGUUUCGAAAGGGCUUACCAUUGGAGAUCACCAAAUCAUGGUCAAAAUCACAAAUUUGGCAGUUCACCGAUUCAGAUGAGUGGUUAACAGUAACAAGGGGAAAAACAAUAAUGGUGAAUGUAUAAAAUUAUCUGGUCCUAAUGCUUGGGAAAAUUCUGCAGAUAUCUACUUCCCAGCAGGUGAUAUGGGGAAUGGAUGGAAACAAAUUAUAACAAUUAUCAAUCAACUCAGUCCGAUUCAGGAAGUUUCAAUCCAGAAACCUCAAUCUUCACCAUCGUCGGUUCAUUUCCCAAACCCUCCAUCUGUUUGGAAUAAACCCAAAUUGGAGACUGAAGUGUUACCUAUUGAAAAGGAAAACUGGAAUCAUACGGUGGUUUUAUCAUCUGAUGCUAACAUGGUAUCUUGGGAUUUAAUUGGUAAGCAUUUGGGUAAGUGUUUGGAGAAGAACGAGGUAUUCUUUCUUCAGCCUUUCUCGAAUUCUAAAGCGUUGUUCAAAGUUCCAAAUUCAGAGAUGAGGACUGAGCUUCUUUCAAAAUCUGGUUGGAGUUUUAAUGGGUUUAACUUCAAAUUCUCCCCAUGGACAUCAAAACUUAAUGUGUUGUCCGAGAAGGAAGUGCUUAAAAUUCAGUCAUGUUGGAUAGAAGUCGGAGGAAUUCCAUUUUCUCUAUGGAAUCAAAAAACUUUUGAAACCAUUGGAUCAAAAUGUGGUGGUCUCCUUGAAGUUUCGGAGGAUACGAGAAAUGGUUGGAAUCUUUCUCUGAUGGAGCUCAAAGUUCGCGGCCCGGUGGACAAUGUCCAAAAAAUUGUAGAAGUCAAUUUCAAAUCUUUACCAUUCAGGGCUUCGAUUGAAAAGGCGAAAGAUCAAUCUUCAAAUAUCAAUAACGGUCUGCAGUGUAUCAAAGUCUUCAACCCGGUUUCCGGUGCAGGUAGCCUUGAUGGCGGGGUAUCUUUGGAUCCUGUAAUAUCUGCUGGUAAAGAUGAUAAGCCAGUGCCAGAUGGAUCUGCAUACACGGGUAAACAACAGCAUCAGUCUGGUGCUGACAAAUGAAAGUCAAAAGCAAACUCGAAUCAGUCACGAGAUUCUUCAGACUCGUGUAGUCACAGUUUUUCCUACAGACCUAAAGCAAGACCAAUAGCUGGAAAUGAAGAAAUUAUUAACGGGCAAAUUAGGGACGUGGGAUCUUCUACAAGGUCUUUGGGCCCAGAGCAGUGGGCUAAAGCUAAAAAUGGUGGAAAAUUUCCCCCUAAUACUAUUACGUCAAUUUCGAUGGGAAAUACAAAAAAACUGGAUUGUUAUUCUUCAGAUUCUCCGUCUGGGUCUGAAAAUUCAGAAUAUGGUUCUUAUCUCUGUGGUGAUUCAGGAAUUCUUGCGGAUGAUUAUACCUCUGAUUCCUCCGUUGAACGUGAAAGGUUAUACAAUAGACUCAAUCCGGAAGCUGUUAGGGAUUCAAUUGGUGAAUGCAUUGGAUGUCCGUGUACUGCUCACAACUGCAAUGGUAGGGCUGUCUCGAUUACCAAUUCAGAAUCGCAACCUAAAUUGGUGGUAUCCAUUCCUUCUCCUUCUUCAUCCUCUCAGUCCAGUGAUGGAAACUUUAGCAACACCCCUCGUUUCUCUCCAACUGGUGAAUUUUUCAAGGAAGCUCUAUCAGAUCCUGAAAAAGAAGCAAUGAUAAUCUAUUUCCUAGAUUCUAAAUAUCAUACAACUUUUGAAUUUAUUAAGAAGGUUGGUGUGUCAAUGCAAUUGGGUUUACCACAGUCUGAUUAUGAGUUUAUAAAAAUUUUGAUGCAUGCUGCCGUUUAGAACCUAGCUGCUUUCAAUUUCGAAUGUAGGGAACAAGAGCAGGUGGCUCUAGAUAAUUGAUAAGUUUUAUUGUUUU